AUGCCCAGGCUCUCACUCACCGUCACUGACGCCGUCGCUGCCAUGCCCUUUGCGCUUCGGCUUGGUGGUUCCCCAGCGCUCCGCCUGGGCUCGCAGUCCCCAUCGUGGCUGCGCUUUGGCGGCAGGGACGGGGCGCGAAAGGCGCUGUUCUGCUCCACCGAGGACACCAGGCGGUGUGGCUCGGACGAUGAUGCGGAGGCGGAGGAGGGUGAUCUGCAGCCAGGUGAUAACGUCCAGAUAACAGGACCGGUCGGCAAAGAAAUGUUGAUGCCCAAAGACCCCAACGCUACCAUUAUAAUGCUUGCCACCGGUACAGGUAUCGCUCCGUUCCGAUCGUUCCUGUGGAAGAUGUUCUUUGAGAAGCAUGACGAGUACAAGUUCAAAGGUCUGGGCUGGCUCUUCCUGGGUGUUCCAACGAGCAGCUCGUUGCUCUACAAGGAGGAGUUCAGGAAGAUGAAGGAGAGAGCACCGGAGAACUUCCGGGUCGACUACGCCAUCAGCCGGGAGCAGACGAACGCGGCGGGGGAGAGGAUGUACAUCCAGACCCGGAUGGCGGAGUACAAAGAGGAAUUGUGGGAGCUCUUGAAGAAGGACAACACCUACGUCUACAUGUGUGGGUUGAAAGGCAUGGAGAACGGUAUCGAUGACAUUAUGGUGUCACUGGCUGAAAAAGACGGAAUCGACUGGUUCGACUACAAGAAGCAGCUGAAAAGGGGAGAUCAAUGGAAUGUGGAGGUCUACUAACCGCUGAAUUUUGCAGCUAACAUUUUGUGUUGUGCGUAUCUGUAAGUGAGGCCAGGGUGUACUGCGUAUAUAAUGUAGAUAGUGAGUGUGUUCUGCGU